UGAAAAAUAUUCGGUUCUCAAAUAUUAAGCGUAUAAUCUAUGAUUCGGAGUCCUCUGUCCUCUCUCUCAUAUUAUGAAAGGAUUUUUUUUGGCUAAAGCUAAAGUUUCUUAUAAUUCUAAAAUAUAAAUAAUAGUGGUAGAGGUGAAGCAUAAUUCAAAUAAGUGCCGUCGUAACUAUCAGAGGCUUGUUAACAUUCGAACCAGUAUAGACAAACAAAAGUAUCUUGUCGCCAUUCCACCAAAAGAAAUGACCGACGGAGUUCAAAUACUCCGACGCAAUCGACCCGGCACCAAAGCCAAGGACUUCUGUCGCUGGCCUGAUGAACCCUUUGAAGAAAUGGAUAGCACAUUGGCUGUUCAACAAUUUAUUCAACAAACUAUUCGACGUGACCCUUCGAAUCUCGAAGCUAUUUUGAAGAUGCCAGAGGUGUUGGAUGAAGGUGUUUGGAAGUAUGAACAUCUAAGACAAUUUUGUAUGGAGCUCAAUGGAUUGGCUGUGCGCCUACAAAAUGAAUGCAAACCUGAAACAUGUACACAAAUGACUGCAACAGAACAGUGGAUAUUUCUGUGUGCAGCACAUAAAACUCCUAAAGAAUGUCCAGCCAUUGAUUACACACGGCACACUCUAGAUGGAGCAGCUUGCUUGUUGAAUAGCAAUAAAUACUUUCCAAGCAGGGUGAACAUCAAGGAUUCAUCAAUUGCCAAGUUGGGAUCUGUUUGUAGAAGGGUUUACAGGAUCUUCUCACAUGCAUACUUUCAUCAUCGUUCAAUUUAUGAUGCAUUUGAAAGAGAAACUCAUUUAUGCAAGAGAUUCACAUAUUUUGUAACAAAAUACCCAAUAAUACCUCAAGAAAUUCUAAUUUUACCUAAACUUGAUGAUGAAGUACCAGCUGGUGAAUCAGAAGCUUGAAAUUUGUUUAAACAAUUACAAUUUAAACAUUUCUCUGAUGGAAAACAACAUUUAAAUUGAAUUUAUUUAUUUACAUACUUGUGUUUCUUCCACUACCAAGGUUAAAUUAUAUAUUUAAAUUUAGUGUGAAAAAUUGUGUACACCAAUAUAAAUUAAAUUAUUUAUAUGCAUUAACACAAUACAAUGUUCAUUCUACAUAGGUUUAUGGUAUUGAUAGAUCUGUAAAUCAAGUAUAAAUAAAAUGUGCACAAACAUUCAUUUAUUUGCCAAUUUCACUUAUUGGAUUCACACCUUUUAUUACAAAUAUACACAUAAAUAAUAUCACAAAAAACAUUGUGUCUAUUAUUGUUGAAGAAAUAAAUAUUUUAUUACAGGAUAGUAAUAGAAAUUCAUAGGAAUUAAUAGUUCACAGAAAAAUAUUUAAUUUUUGCUAUUUUGAAUCUGCUUGAAUACCUUUUUUCGUUUUGAGUGUAGUUGCUGUUUUUUAUUUGGUUGAUUCUCAUUUUGUUCCCAAAACUUUUUUCCAUUUAUUGAUUGACAACUAAAAGAGAAUACAAUUUGUGAUUAUUUACAUAACCUACAUACUUUGUCAGAUUAAUAAUAGAGAAAUAAAUACUAAAAUAUUGCAGGAAAUGAAUUAGGUUUAAUAUAAUAGAUGAUAAUGAUUUAUCAUACAUUUGGUACAGUAGUUUGGUCACUUGGUGCUGAAUAGAAAAUUGCCUUUUUAUAAUUUCUGCACAAGAUAUUGUUUUGGAGAUAGCUGCACCAACACCGCUCCAAACAACUGCUGUUGCUGUUUUAUCUUCUAGUAUGCCGGUUACGUGGUUUAGGAGGUUUGACAUCUUACUUCCUCCUCUGACCUGUAUCAAAUAAGUAAAUAAUAAUGUAUAUAUAAUUAUAAUUUCUUUAUUUACUACAUAAACUCUUAAAUCAUGACCUAGAAUACUAUUUACAUAUUUAACAAACUUAGAGAUUACGCAGAUGGCAUCAACAAUAUAAAAUUAACCAAUGAUCUUCACACUAGGCAUAGCGUGUAUCGUGAGGACCAAAAUGCGAUUUACGAUGUAUAUAAUUGACCUCAAAACGACAUCACUAUUAUUAAUAAUUAUUACGCUCAAAAACAUGCGUUAGAAGAUUUAACAUAUAAGAUAAUAAAAAAAUUUGAGUAUUAAAAAUAACACAUCAAAUAAUUACUCAUAUGUGGGGAGCGUAGACAUAAACAAUUAUAAAAUAAAUUAAUAAGAAAAAAUAAACAAAAAGAUACAAAAUUAAAAAAUCUACUGCUAUUUCUUGUUUUUAAUUAAGUUCUCUGUGUCCAUAGAGUUCAAUGUAAGCAACCAUUUUUUCACUAGUGGUUUAGCUUGCCUGACCGUUUUGUGUUUUAGGUUUUCAUUACAAUGUCUGAUUUAAAUAAAUUAAUAUUAAACACCCUAACCAUCAAGUUUGACUCUUUUUUAAUUAGAGUUUGCGAUGUACCUGCAUCCAAAGGAAAUUAUCAGGUAAGCCUUCAAUGGGAAUUUUAUCUCGUUCAAACUCCUGUUCAACAUUUUUGCCUUUUGUAUAAUUUUCCAUUAGUGGUGAUAAUUUAUACACAAUACAUUUAUUAUGUAUGAUAUCUGAGGUUAAAUCGUUGUGUUGAGGUUAUAUUUACGAUUGUUUGUUUGUUUGAAUUCGUCCAUUAGACAGGCAAAGGGAACAAAGUUCAUACUGCAAAAUCUUUUGUAACAAAUGCUGAAGCCUGUCGCAUGAAAAGUGAAAUGGACGGAAAUUAAAUUAAAUUAAAAGAAGUGAGGAAUUUUUGGGCGAGAAAGCGAGAUACAAUUUUUUUUACUAAUUUAAUAUUUCUUGGAGUUUAAGCGUAGCAUAGUGGUGGCUUGUUAACCGCUUACGAUCUGUGAACGUGCAGAAUACUGCAGAAGUGUAGGAUAAGGUGUUUAAAGUCGUCGUGGUCUAAAGGAUAAGACGUCCGAUGCAUUCGUAUCUAGCGAUGCAACGGUGUUCGAAUCCCGCAGCCGGGUACCAAUUUUUCUAAUGAAAUACGUACUUAACAAAUGUUCACGAUUGACUUCCACGGGGAAGGAAAUAACAUCGUGUAAAAAAAUCAGACCCGUAAAAUUAUAAUUUACAUAAUUAUUGGUGGUAGGACGUCUUGUGAGUCUGCACAGGUAGGUACCAUCACCCUGCCUAUUUCUGCCAUGAACCAGUAAUGCGUUUCGGUUUGAAAGGUGACAAAGUCAUUGUACUGUUGAUGACCAACUGAGACUUUAGAAAUAACAUCGUGUAAUAAAAAUCAAACCCGUAAAAUUAUAAUUUGCGUAAUUACUGGUGGUAGGACCACUUGUGAGUCCGCACGUACUGUAGGCGCGCGAGUUCAUGUCCAUCCUGAGAAAUACGGUAGUGCUGUGACCUAAUUAAAUAUGGUAAUGUAGAUAAUAACUACCGAUUUAGUCAACAGCUGUCGAUUUGGUUUAAUGUAACUUAAGGUAAUUUUGCAAUUUAUGGAAUAAAAUAAAUGUGAUAAGUAAUUACUUGUUUAUUUCUAAUAGAGAAAAAUAUUUUUUAAAUUCCUGUUCAAUCACUAUCGAAUGAAAAGACAACCGACAGAUCAGAGUCGGAAUCAGCAUGUAUCUUUAUCUCUAUCUGAACUUAUUGGAAGCGGAGUAGUCAUGGUUAAAUAACACAAUAGCGUUAGCGUAAAUUUUCGAUAUCGUUAUCGUGCGUUACAACCGUGACGGACAACACUCGACGUCAGACAAAUGCGGGGAGACGGGUGAAGGUGGGGCGGGCUGCCACCGCGCGUCUCCUCUGGCCUCGAUGGACAUUAACUCGCGCGCAUACAGUGUACACACUACCUAAAUGCGCCACCCACCUCGAGAUAUAAGUUCUGUGGUCUCAGUAUGGUUACAACGGCUGCCCUACCCUUCAAACCGAAACGCAUUACUACUUCACGGCAGAAAUAGGCAGGGUGGUGGUACCCACCCGCGCGGACUCAGAAGAGGUCCUAUCACCAAUAAUUACGCAAAUUAUAAUUUUGCGGGUUUCAUUUUUAUUACACGAUGUUAUUCCUUCACCGUGAAAGUCAAUCGUGAACAUUUGUUGAGUACGUAUUUCAUUAGAAAUAUUGGUACCCGCCUGAGAUUCGAACACCGGUGCAUCGCUCAGCACGAAUGCACCGGACGUCUUAUCCAUUAGGCCACGACGACUUCAAUAGGCCAAGACGAAUUCGUUGGUUCUUCGUGGUUCUUCUGGUUCCUUCAAAAGGAUGACUGAAGUCUCAGUAAAUCUCCACUAUUUUACUGGGACGUUAUGACAUGUCAUUUAAUCUCGUUUCCUCCGAUUUCAUCUCAAUAGAUUAGUAUCUCAAAUAAAAUACGAUACGUCGUCGUCGUGGCUUAAAGAAUAAGACGCCCAGUCCAUGCGUAUCAAGCGAUGCAUCGAUUCGAAUACCGCAGGCAGUUUCCAAUUUUUCUAAUGAAAUACGUACAUAUCAAAUGUUCACGAUUGAUUUCCACAUGGAAGGAAAUAACAUCGUGUAAAAAAAAUCAGACCCGUAAAAUUAUAAUUUACAUAAUUAUUGGUGGUAGGACGUCUUGUGAGUCUGCACAGGUAGGUACCAUCACCCUGCCUAUUUCUGCCAUGAACCAGUAAUGCGUUUCGGUUUGAAAGGUGACAAAGUCAUUGUACUGUUGAUGACCAACUGAGACUUUAGAACUUAUGUCUCAAGGUAGGUGGCGGCAUUUACGUUGUAGAUGUCUAUGAGCUCCGGUAACUAUUUAAUACCAGGUGGGCCGUGAGCUCAUCCACUCAUCUAAGCUAUAUAAAAAAAAAACCAUUUCAUUCUGGGCCAUUUUCAUAUAACGUGUAUAUUCCUUAAUUGAAGAUUUUUUAUAAUCUCGAUAGUGGCAGAAAUAGCAUUUCAAGACGUCAAUUGCCAUACUGAAAAGAAGAAGAAUUUAGGUGACUUAAUACAACAUCUUAACUAUUGGAGAAGAUGAUCAGAAAUAACCUCUCAGUGAUGAUAGAAAUUUUCUGAGAGACUUAAUGGAUUUUGAAAGAACACGGGAAGCAACUUUGUAUAUUUUUUUAUUAAGGUCGAAGUUUCAAGUGUAUGAUGGCCAUCCUACCAUUCAAGCCCGAACCUAUGAUCGUUUCGUUUCGAUCGUUCUCCCAAGAAAUAGGCAGGACGGUCGGACAAGAUAGUCGAGGGAUUAGGUGUAUGAAGUGAGUACAAAAGGUACAACGACCAUCAAGAAUAAGGCCUGGGAACCUCAAUUUUACCCUAACCUAACCAAAGUAAUUGUGAUGAAACGCUAGUUCGACAGUUAAUAUUAUAUUUACAAUUCUGACUUCGAUCUCAAGUCUCAAGAUGGUUGGCAGCAUUCUCCUUGUGAUGACGGCCUACGGACUCAGGUAGCACUUCAACGCCAGGUGAACUUUGAUUUCGUUCGCCCAUUAAUAUUGAAGGUUUGACACAAUGUCAUUCCCUCAUCGCGAAAGUCGAUCGUGAACAUGUGUUAGGUAUGUAGUAUGUCUAGAAAAAUGGAUACCUUUCUGUAAAUAUUUUUUUAUACGAGAACACCGGGCGCCUUAUCCAUAAUUAGGUCUUUAAGAGCUAAAAACCAAAUUUUUUCAACUCCAUUUACUGACCUAGAAACUGUGAAGAUAUAUAUAUAUAUGGCUGUAAGAUAUGGAUAUAUGGUAAGAAAAUAAUUAUUAGAUUUGAAUUUCCCCUUUUAAUACAAAUAAGUAAGUAAGUUAUCAAAGUAACGCCGACGCACUAAUGUUCAUAAAAAAUAUUGUUAGUCUGGAUCUUAGGGGAUCCUUUAAAAUAUUUAUAAAAGAUUAUUACCAUGCCCAAAAUGUGCUUAAAAUUUAGAAAAUGUACUUAAUGUUCUAAUAAUUAUCUAAUAUAUUAUUAAUAUUAGGAAACAUAUUGUUUUACUAAUAAGUGUGCGUAAACCACAAACACUAUUUAUUUGCAUGAUUAAAAGAUUAAAGGUUAUCGAAGGAGUUGUAAGUACAGAGCAAUUGCGUUAUUUAUGUCAGGGCUAUCGUACAAUAAUACCGUUCGAAGUAUUUUCCCGUUUUCCAGUUAAUUAAGUUUCUAUCUAAAAGCACUAUGCAGUGUUCUCGAGUUAAAGUAGCGUUUUUAUUUUUAUCUGUUUUACCAUGGACUAUUAUGGCAGCGAAAAGACCGUUCGUUAUGGAUGAGCGCUGGGUAUGUGCUGUUAAGGUCUCAUGUUUUGAUUGUUUGAAAUUAUCCCAAUGCUCGUGGUGUGUAAAAGAAAACAAAUGUUUCUCAAACGAGUUGUGGGGUAACAAAGGCCUCUGCGUAAACGAUACUAUCGAAUUUACUGAUUUUGGACUUAGUAUCGUAGAGAACGCACAAUGUUCAUGUCAGAGCAAAGAAAAUGAAGAUAAUUGCUUCUCUCCAGAGGUCACGAAGGGAUUGAAAUGCUCUGGACGGGGAACCUGUGUUUGCGGUCAUUGUGUUUGUGAUACUGAUGCCGCUAAUCCUUCUAAGAUGAUCAUGGGGGAAUACUGCGAGUAUGAUAAUUUCUCCUGCGAUGGGCCAAAAUGCACCGAAGGCCCAUAUCACAUCAGCCAGGUGUACGAAAACGACGGGUCAUUUAAAGUAUACAGAGACGACAGUUUAGUUGAAAAAGACUACUCUUCAUAAUUUUUGUAAAUCAUCUACUUCAACGCACCAAAGAAUAAGAAAUAAAUGGAAUAUCUUAAUAGUAA